AUGCGGUGCGGCACCCCACGCACGCGAGGGCAGGGCCGCGCCAAGGGCGCUUCUCACCCCGCCCGCCUCGUGGCCGCUCUCUCUGGCGUCGAUGUUACCAGUGAGUUCGCUGCGCGACGCGGAAGUGAGGCCGGGGACGCGCGCGAGGUGACAUGCGCAGCCUCGCUCAGGGGGCCACAGGCGCGCGCCAAAGGCGCCCCGCGCAAGGCCCGGCCUGGCUGGGGCGUGCGAAGAUCGCACAGAGGAACGCUUCUCACGCUGUUCAAAUCCACAAGCGCUUCAAACUCUCGAAAAACUCCAAUCGGGCCAAUACUAAAGAGACGCCCUCCACCCAGCCCCGAGAGUUACCGUACGGGGCGUGGCCGGCCUCACCCGGAGUCCUUCACAUCCCGCUGGGGGCGGGUUAUUCUGUUCGGUUCGCACACCGUGUGUCCGCUUCAGCUGAAGAGCCUGCGCGCGCACCGGACGUCCACGUCACCGCGCACGCGCUCCUACCCGCUCAGAGUCCACCGCGCAAGCGCAAAAGGAGGCGCGAGCAGCACCUCCCUCGCCCCUCCCCCAACACCAGGAGGCCAAACGGCCCCGAAGCAGCGACAAGACCCUUGGGACCCGCCCCUGGAGCUCAAGCUGCUGGUUUUCCGGGUCCCAGAAACCGAUAAAAGCCUAAUGAAGCUUCCAGAAUCAAGAAAGUGUGCUGUAGGUUUGGAUAGCGCCAGACCGUCGGGAAACCCUGAAGAAAAGCCUGAGACGGGUGUCGUCUGCACCAUCUUCGAAAGAACACUAGGAGAGUAGGAAGGAGACCGAAAAUUCCACUACCAAAUGGGAAAGGAAGAAGAGUUGCCACUAACUUGCCUGAUAUAAAUAUGAAAGAUGUCCUAAUAAAACAGUAAAACGUGGAAACAAGAA